AUGGAGGAGUUCAACGGGGCUAUUGGUAUUGAUCUCGGUACAACGUACUCAUGUGUGGCGGUAUUCCGCAAUGACGCAGUGGAGGUCAUUCCGAACGACCAAGGCAACCGUACCACACCGUCCUGUGUCGCAUUUCACAACGGCGAUGUGCUCGUUGGGGAUAGUGCCAAACAUUUGGCAGCACGCGGAGUGCGGGGGGUUGUAUACGACGCUAAGCGUAUGAUUGGCCGCAAGUUUAGUGAGAAGUGCAUCCAAGAGGACGCACAACGCUGGCCAUUCUCUAUCGAAGCGGGGGAGAGGGACAGUGUGCUUAUCACUGUUGAGCAUAAUGGGGAAGUAAUACGACUAGAACCAGAACAGAUUUCUGCUCGUGUACUUUCAUACCUUAAAAUGUGCGCAGAACGAUUUCUUGGUAAACACGUGCGACGUGCAGUCAUUACAGUUCCCGCAUAUUUUAAUGAUGCGCAGCGAGAACGUACGAAGGCUGCUGCCCGUAUCGCCGGUCUUGAGGUACUCCGUAUUGUGAAUGAACCAACUGCUGCUGCGCUGUGCUAUGGUCUUGGAAUUGGCUCUGGUGCUGGUGCCCAAGGUAGUGAUCGCCCUGUGAACGUGUUAGUAUUUGACUUUGGGGGAGGUACAUUUGAUGUGUCUAUCAUUACUAUAGAUGGUGGUUCCUUUGCAGUACGGGCGACGGCGGGUGACACACACCUUGGAGGACAGGAUGUGGAUGGGGCCUUACUGCAAUAUGUGGUAGACGACCUGAAACGUCGCCAUGGUGUAGAUGCGGAAAAACAACCCAAAUUAUUGGCCAAGUUAUUAGCACGAUGUGAACAGGUAAAGCGUGUUCUCUCGCAUGCCCCUUCGGAGGAGUUCGUGCUAGAUGGUGUAUUACCAGAUGGUGAAGAAUAUACUCUUCAUAUUUCUCGCGCCAAACUGGAGGAGUUGUGCGGGAAGGUGUUUGCCCGUUGUAUGGAAGUUGUACGUCGGGCGAUGAAAGAUGCGCAGAUGACACCUGCUGAUGUGGACGAUGUUCUUCUUGUUGGCGGUAGUUCCCGCAUUCCGGUAUUGCGAGAGCGUCUGCAGUCAAUGUUUCCCUCCUCGCGUCUCUCCGGUGCGGUACAUCCUGACGAGGCAGUUGCUAUUGGCGCCGCCGUGCAGGCCGAUAUUGUCGCCGCCCAACACUGUAGUGGAGAUGAGGUGAAUGCCGAUGAGGAGAAUAGACAUGUGCCGUCGGCCCGCACGGCGGGUGUUGUGUUGAUGGACGUUGUGCCGCUCUCCAUUGGUGUUGAGGUGGAUGACGGGAAGUUUGAUGUGAUCAUCCGCCGCAACACCACCAUCCCCUACCGCGCGUCGAAGGAGUACAGCACGGUGGAGGACAAUCAAGAGGAAGUGGAGGUGCGGGUCUUUGAGGGCGAGCGGCCACUCACACGGCACAAUCACGAGAUUGGCGCAUUCGUCCUUGACGGCAUCACUCGUGCAAAGAAGGGAGAACCCACCAUCAAUGUCACCUUCGACGUGGAUGCAGACGGUAUUCUCACCAUCACCGCAACAGAGGAACUCGCACACGUCACGAAAACACUCAUUGUCGCCAAUGAAGAGCGGCUCAGUGAGGAAGCUGUGCAAAAAAUGAUUGAAGUAGCACAGAAGUUCUCCGCACGGGAUGCAGUAGCCGUUGCUAUUAUGGACGCUACACAACAACUUUCACGUGGAUUUGAGGAACUCGAAAAGGCACUUGCCGAAAUAACAUCUCCUUUGUCAGAGAAACUGCAGAGACGUGUUGCAUUUCUCGAUCAUGGGAAAGAGUGGCUCACGCAGCAGUUGCCAAAAUACACAGAUGCGCAAGCUGUGGAGGUGAAAACGAGGAAAAUCAUGAAACUUAUUCAUAAAGCUAUGAAAACACUUCGACGUGAGACUCAUAAAGGAGUUGAUCGAAACCACAGUCAGAAUAGUGGCAGUGGUGAUGAAGACAAUGAUGAUGAUGAUGAAGAGGAAGGGGAAGAGAAUGAAAGCGAUACAGAUGAUGAAGGUGAUGAUGAAACCAAAAGACGAAAGUCUCGGAAACACAAAAGUGUGUCACGCCAAAAACGACCACGCAAGAGUUUAAGUGAAGAAAAGGAGUGA